AUGUUCACUCUAAAAGUCCAUGCUGACGUGGACGCAAACUCCCAGACCAGUACCGCUGCUGCCGUCACCUCUUACAGCGACGCGGUUCGUCGUGCUACUAACGGGGCCUCGCUUAACGCUGCUAGUAGCACCUCGCCGGCGUCAGAUGCGGAGAAGCUGACACGUGGCCAACGGCCAGGGGAACUCGAAGGUGAAAUCCGCGAAGCUGAGGACCGCGGGGCGGGUGACAACGCGCGAAGUGACAAUAACGAGAGCAUCCCGUUCUCGUCCGGCAAUCCCAAGGUGGAAUCGACACGCGGCGUGAUUCACCUCUACCGCAACACCGCGGAAAGCCCCGGCUCGCUGCAGAACCUGCCGCCCGACAGGGGCAUGGAGCUGUGUGUGCUGGCGGUGCCCACGUACAUGACAGGCGCCGACUUCUGCCAGUUCACUGGCGCACUGCUGGGGGCUAUCGAGAGCAUGCGCAUCGUCAGGAACGACAGCCUAUCAGAGCGCUACAUGGUGCUCAUGCGAAUGAAGUCCCAAGAGGCGGCGGAUGGCUUUUUCCGGCAGUUCAACAACAAACCAUUUUCCUCCAUGGAGAGCGAGUUGUGUCGGGUGCUGUUCACAAAGCAGGUGCUGGUGACGGGGUCGCAGGAGGAUGCAGCCACGCCCCCCGCGGGCCUCACAGAGCUGCCCUCCUGCCCCCUUCACAGACCUGCCGUCCUGCCCUCAUGCUGCUGCUCUGAGAUGGAGACAUCAGCGGCUUGCUUAAACGAUGUGCCUCCAUCUCACUCCUUUCCCCCCUCCCCUCCCUUUUCUGGUUCGUCCGUACGCCUCCCUUCCCUCCCCCAUCUGGUUCGUCCGUACCCCUCCUCACCACCCCACCUAUCACCCGCCCCCGUUCCUCAUGUGUGGGAGUGCAUGGCAGAGCGCUUGGAUCGGCACAUCAGUGGCAUCCUCACCACCGUGUGCAACCACUCCUUCCACUCCUCCUGCAUCUCCAAAUGGACCGACUCCUCCUGCCCUGUGCGUGCUCCUCCUGCCCUGUGCGUGCUUUUGACCUUUGAGCUCACUCAAAGGGCAUCCAGUAUGCUCGUUGGCGGAUGUGCACUCCCACUCGUCCUCUUGUACACGCCCCUCUUGCCCCAUGCGUGCAUGUGCCGUGUCAUGUCCUCUCUGCGUGCAUGUGCCGUGUCAUGUCCUCUCUGCGUGCAUGUGCCGUGUCAUGUCCUCUCUGCGUGCAUGUGCCGUGUCAUGUCCUCUCUGCGUGCAUGUGCCGUGUCAUGUCCUCUUUGCGUGCAUGUGCCGUGUCAUGUCCUCUUUGCGUGCAUAUGCCGUGUCAUGUCCUCUCUACAUGCAUCUGUGCGUGCACCUACCCAUCGCCUCUCUGCCUGCUCUUUCAUCUUCAAGCAACCAUUCCCCCACUCCUCCCCUUUCCCACUCCACCCACGCGCCCCAAUGGCUGCUGCGUUCCCCCCCCCCCACACCACACCUGCUGUCACUCAUACCAGCUGUGCCUUCCGCAUGCCUGCCAGACAGCCGUCCGUCACACAAGUGUGUCGCUACUGCCAGCAGCCGUCAGACAAGUCGCAGUGUGCUGUGUGCGGUUCACACGACAGCCUCUGGAUUUGCCUCAUUUGCGGCUUCGUGGGGUGUGGCCGAUAUCAAGGGGGCCAUGCGGAGUCGCACUUCCGCACCUCGCAGCACUGCUACUCGCUGGAGGUGGCGUCGCAGCGCGUGUGGGACUAUGUGGGCGACGCCUUCGUGCACCGCCUCGUGCUCUCCAAGACCGACGGCAAACUCGUUGAACUCCCCGCUCCUGGGGACCUUGGCGCUGGGGGACAGGGCGGAGGGGGAGGGGGAGGCGGAGGCGGAGGGGGAGGAGGUGGGGGAGAUGGGGGAGAUGGGCGUGUGGGAAGGGAGGGCGGGACCGGUGGUGCUAGAGAGGGGAGUGAUGGAGGGGGGAAAGAGAAAGGGGGGAGUGGGGGAGUGGGGAAUGCAGGGGGAGGGGGAGGGGGGGAGGGGGGGCAGUGUGAAGUGGGGCCGGGGGGGAGCUGCAGCAACCAUCACCAUCGCCAUGGGGGGGAUGAGGAAUUUGCACAGGCCGUGAUGAACAUACAUGCACCUGCUGACCUCGCACCCUUGUGCUCAUUACAUUCUCACCUCCCCUCCUUUUGCCUCCCACAUUUCCCUUGCACCCUUUCCCUCUUCCCCCCCCCCUCCCCCCCUACUCUCCCCUCACCCCCGCCCUCCUCCCCUCAGGUGGCCUAUGAGUACACGCACCUACUCACCACGCAAUUGGACUCACAACGACUGUACUUUGAGGGGCUGUUAGCAGCAGCCAAGGGGGAGAGGGACGAGGCGGUGGCAGCAGCGGAGGCGGCGAGGGAGAGUGUGAAGGUGCAGAAGCUGCAGUCUAGGCUGGAGCGCGCCGAGCAGGAGAAGGAGUUCCUGCGGCAGGUGAACGACUCGCUGAUCAAGAACCAGAAGCAGUGGCAAGAGAAGUUGAAGCAGCAGGAGGAGAGGGAGAAGGCAGCUGUAGCUGCACGCGAUGAGAAGAUCAGAGACCUGGAGGAGCAGGUGCGGGAUUUGAUGGUGUUCAUAGAGGCACAGAAGAUAGUGGAGCGAGAGGGGGGAGCGGGAACAGCAGAGGGCAUCAGGGAGGGCACUGUGGUGGCUGCCGGGCAAGGGGGCGGCAUGGGAAGAGGCGGUGAUGCUGCUUGUGGGAUGUGCAACGAGGAGAAAAGUGGUGUGUGGGAUGUAGAGCAGGCAGCAGAGGGCAUGAGGGAGGGCGCAGUGGUGGCUGUGGGGGGGAUGGCUCUGAGGCGAUGA